AUGGAGAUGGAUGCGGUGCCCAGUAUUUCUGAAAUCGUAGAAUCAAAUGAAGAGUUAGAUUUUGAAUUGAAAAUGGACGAGAAAGGCCGGAAGCAUUCUGUUUUAAAAUUGGGAAAUAGGUAUUCUAUUGAAGAUGACAUCAAUCGUCUUUUUGAAGCAAUUGAGAUUAGAACUUCAGCUAAGCACCAUGAUGAAGUUGUUAAAGAUGCUUUACGGAAGAAAGCUAUGAAGAGACCAAUGAGGGUUGGUUCACCUCAAAUGUCAGGAAUUGGAAUUUCAGAGCCUGUUAGUUUGAAGCAGGCUUUGAGGGGUUUAUGCAUCUCUCAGGCAUCAGAGAUGGCAGCAAUGAAGCGAUUAUCAAGACCAACAAAUUCAUCAAGGUCCUCUGAAGUGGGAACUAUCAAAAGGUUGUACCGGGCAGUGGUAGUUGAGGCUGAUGGAUCUGGGCUCCCCCUAAAUGAAGGUAAUGGAAAUUUGGUAGAAAUCUCUCUUGUACCAGAAAAAAUCACAUCAAAUUCUUCUGAUAAGAUGUUCGAAUCCUCACAAAUGGUAAAGCCAGAGUUAUCAGAUCAAAAUCUCCAUUCAUCACGGGAUCAGGUUGUUCCUCUACCUACAGGGUUUGAUAAUGAAAUAUCAAAGGAAGCAGUUGGAGAGCUUAAAUCUUCAGAUUGUUCAUCUACCAAUCAGGUUGCUGAGAAACUAAAAGAGGCAGAUGAGAUUGCUUCUGCCUCAAUCAAAGUUUCUGUCAAAACUCCAGCUCCAGAAGAGGGGAAAAACCAGUUGCAUGCUGCUUCUUCACUUUCUGUGUCUGUUUCAAGCCCUGGUCGUAGUGUGAGUAAUUCUGUAUGUAACACUCCGUGCUUUAUCAAGCCAAUCUUCAGGAGCAAGAACUUCAUUAAGAAGAAGGUAAAGCAUGAUUCAGCUUCUGCCUCCAGCACUUCCAAUCCAAGUAAUAAAAAAGUCGACAGCGAUCUGAAUCCUAGUACAAGCAAUUCGGACAACAUGAUGCAUGAUUGUAUUCUGGAGAGUGGAAAGAGAGGUCUGAAAACUUCUCCAGCUUCUAGUGGUAAUCAUAGUACUGAGUACAAUUCAAUCAUUGCUGACACAAGUUCAAGCAGGCUGGGUUCCGGUUCUAAUGUUGCUAACAGAACGAGAUCUGUAUUGACAAAGGUGGAUGAAAGAUCAAGAUCAAGAGAAAAGGGGGAAUUCUCACAAAGUUCAAAAAGUAGCAUUGGUGACUAUAGUAGUAGCACGAGUAUUAGUGAUGAUAGCAAUCUAAGUGGGUCUAGUCGUAGUAGCAGUCGGCCGCACAUGUCAAAGGACUUGAGGUGGGAAGCCAUUCGCCAUAUUCAGAAGCAGCACGGAAACUUUUGUUUGAAACAUUUUAAGCUGAUCAAGAAGCUUGGUUGUGGGGAUAUCGGGUCUGUUUAUCUUGCUGAGCUAAGUGGUGCAAAUUGCCUAUUUGCUCUGAAAGUGAUGGAUAAUGACUAUUUGGCAAGUAGGAAGAAGAUGUCUAGGGCCCUAACUGAGAGAAAGAUUUUGCAGAUGCUGGAUCAUCCUUUUCUCCCUACAUUGUAUGCUCACUUCAUUUCAGAUAAACUUUCCUGCUUGGUUAUGGAGUAUUGUCCUGGUGGAGAUCUGCAUGUGCUGCGGCAGAAACAACCUGGCAGGAGUUUCUCAGAACAAGCUGCAAGGUUUUAUGUUGCCGAAGUCCUCCUUGCACUGGAGUACUUACACAUGCUUGGAGUUGUUUAUCGAGAUUUAAAACCAGAAAAUAUUCUGGUCCGAGAGGAUGGACACAUCAUGCUUUCAGAUUUUGACCUAUCACUCAGGUGUGCUGGUAAUCCAGUUCUACUUCAAUCAUGUUCACCUGCUGAAGAGCCCACGAAAAAGAUGUCAAGUCCGUGCUCUGAAGCUAGCUGUAUUGACCCUUUUUGCCUCCAUCCAGCCUGGCAAGUAUCGUGUUUCACUCCAAGACUUCUAUCAGUUGCUGCGAAAUCUCAGAAGUUAAAAUCUGACCUAGCUGCUCAGGUCAGCCCACUGCCACAGGUGGUAGUGGAGCCAACCAGUGCUCGUUCUAACUCCUUUGUUGGGACUCAUGAAUACCUCGCUCCAGAGAUCAUCAAAGGUGAGGGUCAUGGCAGUGCUGUUGAUUGGUGGACAUUUGGAAUCUUCUUGUUUGAGCUGUUAUAUGGUAGAACACCUUUCAAGGGCUCAGGAAAUGAGGAAACAUUGUCCAACGUUGUGUCACGAAGCCUCAAGUUCCCCAGUAGCCCUAUAGUUAGUUUUCAUGCACGUGAUUUGAUUAGAGGAUUGUUGAUAAAGGAACCUGAGAAUCGGCUAGGAUCUGCUAAAGGGGCUGCAGAGAUCAAACAGCACCCUUUCUUCGAUGGCCUCAAUUGGGCUCUGAUACGGUGUACAAUUCCACCAGAGCUGCCCAAGCAAUUUGAUACUGGAAUUACAUCAAUUACGUCUAAGUGUAAGGAAGUUAAGGAUACAGAAGAGCAAAGAGAGUUUGAGAUGUUUUAG